UAAGCGCCACCCAGUGGGACCAAAUAUUUCAGGAACUGAAUAUAUUGUAACACCGGUUAGAAAUCACGCAGGGAAAUGUCCGAGAAGGACACCGAAACCUUAGAUGUGAUAGAACUGGCAGAGCAUCUCAAGAAACAAGGGUGGUGGAACAAGAUGUUUGGCAAAAAUAACUCCGGACCCGCUGCUGAGAAGUACGCUGUUGCAAAACAGUUGGCCAUUGGAGGAGUGAGCGGAUGGUGUGCAGGGUACUUGUUUCAGAAAGUUGGGAAGCUGGCAGCGUCGGCUGUCGGCGGCGGUUUCUUUUUGCUCCAGAUCGCUCAUCACACAGGAUACAUUCAGAUAGACUGGAAAAGAGUCGAGCAAGACGUGAACAAGGCAAAGAAGCAGCUGAAGCUGAAUUCAGACAAGCCUCCUAAAGAAGUGAGAACGAAAUUGAAUGAGGUGCAAGUAUUUGUCAAGAACAACAUUGUUCUCACGGGAGGUUUCGCUGGGGGAUUCCUGCUGGGUCUGGCUUCAUAGGAUCCCUAAUCAUUGGCUUACAUGCUGAGGAUGUCAUCAAACAUCAGAUUAUUGCAGCUUGUAUUUAACGUAGAGCAACAUUAGAUUGUUAGGAUGUGAUCAUAAGGAAACAUUAAGAAUGUAUGCUUUCAGUUUUUUUGAUUGUGCAUUGCUUUAGUUUGUACUUAAAGCCCUGGUUAAAUUUAGUUUAUAUGAACGUUUUGCUGUAUUAUUUUGGUACAAACGAUUUUUGACACCAGACUUGAUAAGUCCGCUUGCUUAAACGUGUAAAUAGUUAAAACUAUUUGAAAUUGGCCCUUUAAAAACACUGUGACCUAAACCAAGUGCAUUUUAUUGUUUAAAUGUUUGUGAAUCUGGACAUUACUUCAAAGACAGAGGAGUCAAUAAAAGUUGUAAUUUUAAUUAAUAAUGACAGAAAUGUUUAAAGUAUAUAGACAAUCGGUUUUUAAACAAUUCUGGUUUGCCUUUUUUGGUUGUUUUUUGAUAUUCAUAAAUAUGUUUGACCUAUUUUUCUAAAUUUCAGCUAAUGCUCAGCACAUAAUAUUCAUAAUGUUAAAAUAAUACACACAAUAUUAAGUCCAGUUAGUAUUCCAGAUGUCAAAUUCAUAAUAUUCUCACUGAACCGUAUUACUAGGUUGAAUAAAGAGUGAGAGCCAGAGAAAGUUUGAUGAUUUAAUGAAAGUUUGAUUGUAAGAAUGAAGAGACAAGCUAAGCUGCAGCUUCGAGGAAAAAUUGCAGUUAAAUCUUUCAUUCUUUGUAGUGGACCUGACUGUGCAACUCCAAAUUUGUUCCGGUUAGAAAACACCCUAAUCUUCAACAUAUUUUCUUCUUUUGUGAUUUGGGGCAUCUUUGACGCUUCAAUGGCGUAUUGCUGCCCUCCUCAGUUCAUCUGAAGAACUCUAUCUCGUAUAUUGCAACCUCAAAUAAAGACCUGUGUGGAGUAAAAAACUUAUAACAGUC